AUGGUCGGGGGCAACCCUCAGGGCGACCGCUUCGGCUUUCGAUACUGGAACAACCCCGGAGCAUUUGCAGAGUAUUACAAAACGGGAGAUCUCGGUCGAUGGCUAGGCUUCCUUGCCUGUCUGAUUCAGGCCAGCUUCACCAUCGCCGGCCCGGACUACGUGGCCAUGGCCGCCGGGGAGACAGUGAACCCUCGCAAGGUGCUGCCGAGCGCCUUCAACGGUAUCUUUUACCGACUGACCUCCUUCUUCGUCCUGGGAGCCCUUUGCGUCGGAAUCCUAGUCCCGUACAACGACGAAAAGAUGGCCGCUGCAUUUGGCAACGAUUUGCCUGGCGCCGCCGCUUCGCCCUACGUGAUUGCUAUGGACCGACUUAACAUUCCCAUUCUUCCGCACAUCGUUAACGCCAUGGUCCUCUUGGCCGCCUUCAGUGCCGGCAAUAGCUAUGUCUACUGCGCCAGUAGAAGUUUGUACGGGCUUGCGCUGGAUGGAAAGGCUCCGCGGGUGCUCAUCAGGUGCACCAGGACCGGCGUUCCCAUCUACUGCGUGGGGAUCGUGCUUCUUAUCGCGCUUCUCGCUUUCCUUCAGGUGUCCAACAGCGCGGCCGUUGUCCUGCAGUGGUUUGUGAGCCUGAUGACUGCUUCGCAAUUGAUCAACUUCUCGGUCAUAACCUUCACAUACACCCGCUUUAGAAAGGCGCUCAUAGCACAGGGCAUUCCCCGCCAUAGCCUUCCCUAUCAGAGUCUGGGUCAGCCCUACGUCGCGUACAUCGCGCUGGUCUGCACCAGCGUCAUGGCCUUUGUAGGUGGCUACGAGGUGUUCCUGCCCGGCAAUUGGGACGUGCCCACCUUCUUCUUUUCCUACACUAUGAUCGGAGUGUUUCCGAUUCUUUACUUUUCCUGGAAGUUCUGGCAUCGUACCGAGAUCAAAAAACUGGAAACCAUUGAUCUGGUGACGGGACUUGACGAGAUCGAGACGUAUACGGCCAACUUCAUCCCGAAGCCCUCUAGCAAUGUGUUUUCACGAUUCGCCGAUUGGAUCUUCCAGUAA